AUGGCAGCCAUCGAGAGCUUCGAUAACAUCCAUCUGGACUUAUCCCGAGAGCAUGGCAAGUGCAGGUUUGCCGAGAACGGCUUGGGGUGGAAGCCCGCGGGCGGCGGCGAUACCUUCACCCUCGACUCAAGCAACAUCGGUGGCGCACAAUGGAGCAGAGCGGCCCGAGGCUACGAGGACUAUGAACGCCUCAGCAAAAUAUUCAAGAACUGGUACAGCGCAACCCUCGAGAACAAGGAACACUCGCUGCGCGGCUGGAACUGGGGCAAAGCCGAGUUUGGAAAGGCUGAGAUCUCGUUCAAUGUGCAAAAUCGACCCGCGUUCGAAAUCCCAUACUCGGAGAUAUCCAACACCAACCUGGCGGGUCGCAACGAAAUCGCGGUCGAAUUUUCUGUCGCUGACGCGGGCAAGUCCAACGGCCAAAAUGGCGCCACACCGGGGAAGGGCAAGAAGGCCGCGGCCGGGAGAGACCAGCUCACGGAGAUGAGGUUCUACAUCCCCGGCACAACGACUCGGAAAGAAGCCGAAGGCAGCAAUGCUGGGAGCGGCGUGGACGAGGAGGAGAAGAGCGCCGUCACCCUCUUCUACGAUACUCUUAUUGAGAAAGCGGAUAUUGGGGAGACGGCUGGCGAUACGAUCGCUACCUUCCUGGAUGUCCUGCAUCUCACACCAAGGUCCGUAGCACCUACCCUGACAUUCUUCUGUCUUGUCUCUAACGGCCGUGUAGAGAAGUUUAUGGUCCUUCCCAAGCCCGACGACACCCACUUCAUGCUGUGUAUCGGCCUGGACCCGCCCCUUCGGCAGGGUCAAACGCGGUACCCAUUCCUCAUCAUGCAGUUCAAGCAGGAUGAGGAAGUUACGCUGGAUCUCAACCUCGCCGAAGAGGAGCUCAACGGCAAAUACAAGGACAAGCUGCAACCCCAUUAUGAACAGCCUCUGCACCAGGUUGUCGCCUAUAUCUUCAAGGGCCUGGCCAACAAGAAGAUCACUGCACCCGCAAAGGACUUUACAACACACCGCCAGCAGUACGGCAUCAAGUGCUCGAUCAAAGCGAGCGAGGGUUUCCUCUACUGCUUGGAGAAGGCUUUCAUGUUUGUGCCGAAGCCCGCCACCUACAUCUCGUACGACCAGACGCAAUCCAUUACAUUCUCCCGUGUGAAUGGCGCCGUUUCGGCUCUGUCGACGUUCGAUAUCACGGUGCACAUGAAGUCCGGCGCGGGGUCCUCGCAAUUCAGCAAUAUCAAUCGUGAGGACCUGAAGGCUCUCGAGGACUUCUUCAAGUUGAAGGGUCUGCGUGUUAAGAACGAGAUUGAUGAGGAGACGACACUUAUGGCUGCGGCCCUGAGAGACGAGGCCAUGGCCAGCUCGGACGAGGAGGUCGUCGGGGCUAAGGCCGACCGUGGCUCGGCGGAUGAGGACGAAGAAAGCGUGGACGAGGACUUCCGUUCUCAGACCGAGAGCGACGUUGCUGAGGAGUACGACAGCAACCACGAGAGCGACGGGUCUGGCAGUGCCGAAAGCGAUGUUGACAACCAGGUCGAUGACGAUGACGACGAGGACAUGGACGACGACGACGAGGACGAUGAGGAGGAGCGGCCGAAGAAGAAGAAGAAGACUGGUUAG